AUGCUAGAGGAGGCGCCAGCGUUUGAUUCAAAUCAGGGACAAUAUAGGCGCGAUAAGCCUCCGGAGUUUGGUCAUCACAAGAUCGCAUCACCGUGGAAGAAUGAGUUUGCAGGGUACAGAUCGUCCGAUCCACCCUAUCAGCCUUCAAUGGCAACGAUUGAUUACAAGAGUUCAGAGAGGAAAUCUACAGAUGACAGGAUUCCAUCACAGUUCUCAAGGGAGAAUGAAGCACUCCGUUCAUUGGCCAAAACAGUUGCAUCUCCGUUCACUGACGAAAUCCUGAACGCGCCAAAUCCGAGGAAAUUCUCCAUGUCGGUCUUCAUUCUGUUCAACCUUGUCAAAAGCAUGGUAAUGGAGUGCCAUCCAUCCACAGCAGUUCAGGCGUUCAAACUUGCGAUGAACCGAGGGACACCGUUUCACACAAGCUUGGUAGUGAAUACGCCAAAGACUAUGGAUGAGUUGAACGAGGGAGCUGACGGCUUUGUGCAUCUGGAAGAAGAAGAGGUAGCAAACACAAGAAAGACAUCGAUUAUCUCAACAGAGGAGAAGUCUAAAGCCAAGAUCCGGCAAAAGCAAGCUCAGCCACAACGACAGACCUCCUGGAAGGCCGAGAAAAGGCCCAGGGAGGAAGAGGUAGUCACUCUACUCAGAGUCACUCUGACUAACGAAUACAAGAACCUAAGGAGGCAGGUGGAGAUGCUGAUCGCAAGGAGGGAAUUUGUAGGGUAUGUUCAAGGGCCGGCGCAGAAGCAAAACCGACUGGCUGAUCAAGUCAAGAGAACUCAGAAGCAGAAUAACCAUAACACUCAGCUCGUUCGGAUCAUAAACGUAAUUAAUGGCAGACCUGAACAGACAACAGAGUCGAAAGAGCUGCUCAGAACGCGAUUACGCCAAACACAAAUGAAGAGGAGAAUUGGCAGUACCCCUCACGAAGAUCCACUGGUUAUUAGUUUGACUGUAGCAGAAUGCCUGGUACGAAGAGUUCUGAUUGAUCCAGGAAGCAGUGCGAAUAUCAUGCCCAGAGUAACAUUUGAUAGGUUGGAAGUCAAGCCGGAAAAGCUAAAACCCACAGGAAAUCCGUUGCUGGGAUUCGAUGGGAAAUUGGUGGACCUCAUUGGCAUGGUAGAGCUGACCGUGCAAGCCGCUGAAAGAGUAUUGACAGAGAUAUUUGUAGUCGUUGAAAUCCAUCCCUCCUACAACCUUCUGAUGGGGAGGCGGUGGAUCCACAGAGUCCAGGGUGUACCAUCAACUCUGCAUCAAGUGAUAAGGUGUUUAGGCCCAGAUGGGAACAAAGUAAUCGACAUUCAUGGAGAUCAAGUCGCGGCCAAGGAAUUCUAUACUGUAACUCUUAAGUCUGCUGGAAAAGGAAAAGCACCCAUCCGCUCAGCUAACCCCAAAUAG